AUGAAGUACGACGACAUAACUAUUGUUCUCGGAGAGUUUGGGAAGUAUCAGAAGAUUCUGUAUUUUCUCGUCUGCCUUCCUGCCAUCUCGCUCGGCAUCCAAAUGCUUCUGCCCGUCUUUAGUCUUGCGAGCCAAUCCUACAGGUGCUCGUUACCAGGUUCCGGUACCGAUUCAUUUGCUGUUAGAGACAUAGACCAUGCCAUUCGUAUCAACCAAUCGAUUCCAAGGAAAAACCAAGACAGAACCUCAUUGGUCUAUGAAAGCUGCGAAUUUUAUUACACGAAUGAAAACACGACUUACAAUGAGUUCAAUGUGCCUAUCAAUGCCAGUGUUGUGUCGUGUAAUUCAUGGGUUUAUGACCAAUCGACCUUCCAGAAAACUGUAAUAACAGAGUUCGACCUUGUCUGCGGUCAGGAGCUGGCAAGGGCUAAUGCCAACAUGGCUAUCAUGGCCGGGUUGCUUGUUGGAUCUUUAGAGGAUGCAGAUCCCAAGGAUCUCAGGGGUAGCUCUGAUCCUUUCCAAGUCGACAAAGAGAGCUCUUAUUUGCUGGAAGGCGCAUGGAUCACGGGUGAUGGCAGCCACUUUCCAUACACAGACCAAGAGGAUCAACGUGAACCUAACACAGUGCUACACACGACAGAAAAUACCAACAUGAUAGCGAAUAUCUCACCUCGACUGGGUCUGAUCAUCGACAGAGGGAAUAUCCUGUUCAUGGACAACGCAUCCAACGACACACCUACCACAGUCCAAGGCAUGGAAUUGGUGGGUCCGUCUUACCGUGUUGCAGCAGGUGUCAUUGUCGAGUUCUUCUGGUGUACCGGGCUUUUUAUCCUUUGCCUCGUCGCUUUCUUUGUCCGUUCAUGGAACUACCUUCAACUCGCCAUGGCUUGCCCGACGGUUCUGUUACUCCUGUUGUAUCGGUUGCCCGAGUCACCGCGAUGGCUGAUGUCUAAAGGGCGGUUCGAGGAGGCAAGGGUAGUGUUACAGAAAUGUGCCAAGGUCAAUGGUGUUACUUUACCAGACGACAUCGUUGGCAAUGAUACCUUGGAAACAGGGGAGUCUCACAGCGUCUUGAAAAUACUGACAGUGCCCAGACUGCUUGUCCGGACUCUGAUCAUCUAUUUAAACUGGAUAGUUGUGAACAUGGUCUACUACGGCCUCAGCUUAAAUGUUGGAAAUCUAAGUGGCGAUAUCUACGUAAACUUCGCCAUCAACAGCUUUUUUGAGUUCGCUGCCUACGGCAUGUGUCUUCUGCUGCUAAACAGGGUUGGCCGGAAGUGGCUGCACUCAGGCUCAAUGAUCCUCGGCGGCGCUGCAUGUCUGUCAACCAUAUUCACAGUUCUUUACGCAAACGAAAAUCAGCAUUGGAUCACUGUCAUGUUAGCUAACAUUGGUAAGUUUGGCAUAUCGGCUGCGUUCGGCAUCAUCUAUGUCUGGACGGCUGAACUCUUCCCGACCGUGGUGAGAAGUUCUGGUGUAGGUUCAAGCACCAUGAUGGGCAGAGUGGGCAGCAUGCUGUGUCCAUACAUCGUAGAAAUUGGCACAAUUAUAAAAGGCGAUUUCGGAAAGGCGCUAGCGCUGAUUAUAUUCGGAAGCAUGGCUUUUAUCGCCGGCUUGCUGUCGCUUCUACUUCCGGAGACCCGGGGUACAGUGCUUCCGGAGACCAUCAAGGAUGCGGAGAAUUUCGGUCGAAUUAUGAAGCCCCCUGUAGCUGACAUUGUUUUGCAAGAUGAUGAGACGGGACUCUGAUAGCGCUUACGAAAUCCGUUGGCGCCAUCGCCCAUUUAUGGAUUGAUUUUAUGUCUAUAGUCGACCAGACAAUUUCAAUGAUGCGUCAACACGAUUAUGAUAACGCUACAGCACGUCGAUGACACAGUAGUACGAUGGCUCUAACGCGACAAUAC